CUUAGAAGUCAGUCGGCUAACGCCAUUGGAAUAACGCGGAAUUAUUAACUACUAUAGUUCGAGAAUUCGGAAGUAAUUUCUAUCUUCUGUACCAAUUUUCCAGUGUUCUUCUGACUUGAUUGAAAAAUUGUGCGAUUUUUUAAAUGUAAUGAAAUGUAAAGUAUCCUGCAGUUCAUGAUUGGUGUGUCAUACAUAAGUAUAAAGCAAAGAAGGGAAAGGAUCUGCAAAUUUGAUAAGGCGCCGAAAUUUUAAUGUAAGGUAGAGAAAAAAAUCGUUUUCAAAGUCAGUUCUGUUUCUACUGCCGUUACCACCGCCAAUGCGCAAUGAACCAGCAAACAAACAAAUACAAAUUUGCAUACAAUUAUAUACUCGUUUAAACAACUAUAUAUGUGUGUAUGUAUGUAUAUACAUAUGUAUAGCAUAGCGACACAUAAAACAAAAUACAACAAAAGUGUUAAAAGUGUAAUGUGAUUAAGAAAUAUUCAACGCAAUGAACUGACAAUUAAAUUCAAUUAAAAGUGCAAAUAUUCUGUGAAAUUCUGAACAACUGUGAUCAUACAUAAGAAAUACAAUAAUAGCAAUAAAAAAGAAAUAGUUGAAAUAAAAGUGUAAUAAAAAAUAAAAUUUAAAAAAUUUCUAACAACGAGUACAUCAAAAAAUCAACGCUAAAAUGACGCUAGAACCACAGGGCAAGCUGCUGAAAGAGCACGUCAAACCCAUUGAUAUACAAUUUAAGGAUCUUAGCUAUCAAGUAACCGUGCAAAAAGCGAAAAAAACCGUAUUGAAAGCAAUUUCUGGUACUUUUCGCUCUGGCCAAUUGACUGCUAUUAUGGGCCCCUCAGGGGCGGGUAAAUCGAGUUUGAUGAAUAUUUUAACAGGUCUCACUAAAAGUGGCGUUAGAGGUACAAUAAACUUCGGUGACACACCCACCAAGUCGCGCAAACUUUGUUGUUACAUAAUGCAAGAUGAUCAUUUCCAUUCGUGGUUCACGGUCGAGGAGACAAUGCUGCUGGCGGCACAAUUGAAAAUAUCUAAUGCCUCUAUGAAUAUGAAGGAGAAAAAAGUACUGAUCGAACAUUUAUUGGACACCCUGAGGCUAUCACAAACUAAAUAUACUCGUGCUGGAAAUUUGUCUGGAGGCCAGAAAAAACGUUUAUCAAUUGCAUUAGAAUUAAUUGAUAACCCAGCUGUGCUAUUUUUGGAUGAACCAACAACCGGUUUGGACAGCUCAGCUUCUGCCGAUACCAUACAGCUACUGCAAACACUGGCCAAUGAAGGCCGUACAAUCGUUUGUACUAUACACCAGCCUUCGUCACAUAUUUACAGUUUAUUUAACCAAAUUUAUGUGCUGAGUCAAGGGUAUUGUACGUAUCAGGGAACGCCGCUGAAUACAAUUAACUUUCUGAAAACGAUCGGUUUGGAGUGCCCAACAUAUCAUAAUCCAGCAGAUUUCUUGUUGGAAUGCGUGAAUGGCGAUUAUGGUGAUCACACCGAUGAACUGGCAAUCGCCGCCAGACAGUGCAAAUGGCUAUAUGAUUACGAUACGGAUCCACAACAGUUAGACGGCUUAGAUGACGGAUUAGAUGGUGUACAAAUUGUCAAAAUGUCAGAGUCCCAGCGAGUAGCGGAAAAAUCACGCUCACCAUCGAUAACACCACCAUUGGUUGCUACAAAACCUUUGGUUGUUACUAAACAUGUGUACCCGCCGCCCGAAUGGGUGCGCCUAUGGCUGUUGAUUGGUCGUUGUCAUGUGCAGUUCUUUAGAGAUUGGACGAUGACCUAUUUAAAACUGGCUAUACAUAUUGUAUGUGCAGUUCUGAUAGGCCUUUUAUAUGGCGACUCUGGUUCAAAUGCGACUAAACAGAUAGCAAAUUUAGGUUCAUUUACAAUACACAAUACAUAUCUAUGGUACACGACUAUGAUGCCGAGCCUAUUGAGAUUGCCCCAAGAAAUCAACAUAAUCAAAAAGGAAACAUUCAAUAAUUGGUACAAAUUAAGAACCUAUUAUAUGGCAACAAUAAUAACGUCAACGCCAGUGCAUAUCAUAUUCUCAACGGCGUACAUCACAAUCGCCUACUUUAUGACUGAACAGCCAUUCGAAAUUGAACGGUAUGUGAAAUUUUUGCUGUCGGCGGUGGUGGUAACGAUAUGUGCUGAUGGAUUCGGUGUGCUGAUCGGCACUAUAUUAAAUCCCACGAAUGGCACAUUUUUUGGCGCUGUAUUGAGCAGCUUCAUGUUGAUCUUUUCCGGAUUUCUCAUACUACUCACGCACAUGUCCCGCUUAAUGCGUAUGCUUUCGUAUUUCUCGCCGAUUCGUUAUGCCCUGGAGGGUAUGGUAUUGGCGAUAUAUUCGAAUAACAGAGGGAAUAUUGUGUGCCCGAUAGAUGUCAUGUAUUGCCAUUUCAAAAACGCCAACACAGUGCUACGCAGUUUCGGCAUGGAGAACGGAAAUUUCGGAAUGAAUAUAUUGGCUAUGAUUUUGCAGUUGUCGGUUUUUAAAGGAUUAGCUUACAUUUUGCUUAAGCGUAAGGUUCGAGCGUAAACUUUGUUUUUAUGAAUAUACUGUAGAAUUAUAAAAGAAAAAAUUACAUAUUUAAGAGUAUACAUAUGUACAUAAAUAUAUCAAUUUAUUUUAUGGAACAUAAAUAGAUACGUUAUCGGGGUCUUAUGUAAGGUUUAAAAUUAGUAAAGUUAAUUAAGUAAUAUUUAAAAAGUCAAAAUAACGUCAAUAUAUGUAAAAAAUAUUGUCGAACUAGCCAAAAAUUAGUUAAAACUUGAAACGAUAUUCUAAAAAAUGGUGCCUGUAGGAAUAUGCAACUCAUAUUCCAAGCCAAUCAGAUAAACAUACGCACAUAUGCAAUACAAACAACAUACAUUAUUAACUAUUUAGUAGCUAAAACUGCAUCAAAAGCUUUUAAACUCAUAUUGUUAUAAAUAUUUACAAAUGCACUAAAUACUUAAAUAAUAUGAACGAAACAAAACAUAUUUGUGAUAAUAUUAUAGUUUUUAAAUUUACGUAAAAUUUAAGUUAAAUAAAUUUUUACAAAUAUACUUACAUAUAUUUAUAACAUUUACCCAACGUACCAACGUAAAUAUUGAAUAAGAAUGAAGAGAGAGAAAAAUUAUCAUACUUAGCACAAG